AUGUUCACCUCUGGGAUGAAAGAGAGUGAGAGUGGAGAGGUAGACAUCGGGGAGAUCCCGUCUAAUGCCGUUCAAGAUUUGGUCGACUUUGCGUACUCUUCGUCCUUGUCGCUGUCCUACACAAGUGCUCUGCAACUGACAAGUGCUGCAGACAUGCUGCAGUUCUCAGAGGUGAAACAGGUGUGCUGUGAAUUUCUCUGUAGCUGUCUAACUCCAGCCAACUGCUUGGAACUACUUCAAGUCGCAGACACGUACUCCUGCCCCGAAUUAAACAGAGCGGCCAGCCUCUGUCGAAAUCUGAACUUCGUGGCUGUGAGCGAGCAGGAGGAUUUCCUGGAGUUGUCCUUGGAGCACCUGGAGGAGUGUUUGUCCAGCAACCAUCUCUGUGUGUCUGGGGAAGAAGAGGUCGUAGUGGAGGCAGCACUGCGGUGGUUGGACCACGACGCUGGCUCUCGCUCUCGACACGCUCCCAGGGUUCUGGGCUGUGUUCGGCUCUCCCUUCUACCCCCUGGUGUACUGGUGGAGAGGGUGUGGCCUCACGUAAUAGUGUCGGGUAGCCCAGAGUGCAUGGAGCUGGUUCGCCAAGCUCUUUCUGUCCAACUGUCUCCGGCAACUAACACCAGACCACAGCAGCGGAGACCUUACCAAGUCCUGUGUGCAAUCGGAGGAUGGGACGGGGACUCGGUCGUCCAUUCCGUGGAGUGGUACGACCCACACACCGCUCGCUGGAAGCCCGGGCCAUCCAUGAACGAGCCCAGAAAGCGAUUGGGUGUCGUAGCUCACUGCAGGAAGGUGUAUGCAGUCGGUGGUCACAACGGGAAGGCGACUCUAAGCUCAGUGGAGGUUUACUGCCAGAGAUCUAAACGGUGGACCUCUCUACCCAACAUGAGCCAGGCUCGCAUGUUCAGUGGGUGCGUGGCUCUCAACAACAGGCUCGACAGUUGGGAGAUUGUACCCACUACCCUCCCCUAUCACAUGUAUUCCGAGGCCGUCAAAUGCGAUGAGGCCAUAUACAUACUCUGCGGGAGGACCUCAUCAAGGCACGAAAGAGAGGGACAUCCCUCAAUUUACCGGUACGACCCAGACACCCACCAGUGGGCUGGGUUGGAGUCCCAGAUGCCCCAUCCUCGAGCUGGAUUCUCUGCUGCGGUGGUGAACGGCGACAUUGUGGUGGUCGGAGGGCACAGGGGGAGGGAAAAGCUUGCAUGUGUCGACCUCUAUGACCCUGCAGGCGAGAUUUGGCGGCGGCUUCCGGAUAUGCUGGGAAAAGGGAGGUGUGUGCUUGGGGCUGUGGCUGUGGACCAACUGGCACUGCUGUGA